UUUAACCAAAUUGUGAGUUUCUCAUAAUAGAAUUAUUAUUUUCACUUAUAAUUAUUAUUUUUAUAAAUUUUGAUGUUUGUUUUUAUUAAACAAUUAAUAUCACUUUGUUUUUUCUUUAAGGUUCUGUUUGUUUGGAAGUAAAAUAUUUUUCAGAAAAUAUUUUUUUAUUUUUUGGUGUUUGGUUGUCGUAAAAUAUUUACAAAAGAAAAAUAUAUUAAAAUUUUACAAAAAAGAUUUAUAUAUCAAUUUUUUGUAAGUUAUUUUAUACGUCCCGUAUGAAGGACUCGACUUCAAUCUUGACCUAAACCUUUGCCAAACGCUGAAAAGUACAAAUAAAAAGAAAUAUUUUACCUAAAAAAUAAAAAUAUUUUCUGAAAAUUUCUUUUGCGUCGAAACAAACGGAGCCUAAAUGUCAAAGGUAGCCUAUCUUUUUCGUAAAGAUUUCAGUUUUUCUAUGGUUGCUGGUUGUGUGGGAUUAAAGCUGUAGGCUUAAUUUUGAGGUUCAACAUUUUAUUUUUCCCGCUAAUCUAUUGAGGAUUUCAGUUUUAAUAUGGUUGCUGCUCCAGAGCCUAUAAAUGUCCGAAAGUAUUGUAACACUAAAUUAAAGAAAGAAUAACUAUGUCUCAUAAUUAAGAAGUCAUCUCAACAAAAACAUUUGUUCAUAAUUAAUGUCAUUGAAUUUCAGUUUCCUCCUGGUAGUACUUUACAGCUUUCCACUAUUUUAGAUUUCUGAUUCAAAUAUAUGUUCUUCUUUUACGGCUGUGAUCUAAGUACACCAACGUAGUGAUAGCAAACAGCAUUUGGAAAGAUGGCUGAGGAGAGCAAUUUGAGUGGAGAUAAGAAGACAGAACAGGCUGAAACAUCAAAAAACCAUUCACCAGUGAUGGAGACUCAGAAAACAGCUGAAAAGUCUUGCAGCCAAGAUAAUUCGGAUAAUACCCGAAAGAAAAAUGAAGUCACUGAAACUGUUCCAUAUUUCAAACUGUUCUCCUUUGCUGACUCCACUGAUCAUGUACUAAUGCUUGUGGGCACAAUCGCAGCUAUAGGGAAUGGAAUCUGCAUGCCCCUUAUGACUGUGCUCAUUGGAGAUGUAAUCAAUUCCUUUGGACAUAAUGUGAACUCAAAAAAUGUGGUUCAUGAAGUUUCCAAGGUAUCUGUUAAGUAUGUUUACUUGGCUCUGGGGUCUGGUUUAGCAGCAUUUUUCCAGGUGGUUUGCUGGAUGAUCACUGGGGAGAGGCAGGCUGCAAGAAUUAGAUGUUUAUACUUAAAAACUAUAUUGAAGCAAGAUAUUGCAUUCUUUGACUCGGAGGGUAAAACCGGAGAAAUUAUUGAUAGGAUGUCAGGAGACGCCUUCCUUAUUCAAGAUGCCAUUGGUGAAAAGGUUGGGAAGUUUCUAGUGGUGGUAGCUUCAUUCUUGGGAGGCUUUGUUAUAGCUUUCAUCAAGGGUUGGCUUCUCACCCUCGUCAUGAUAUCUUCAAUUCCACUUCUUGUCAUCUCUAGUGCUAUCCUGACCCUCCUUUUAGUGAAGCUUAAAUCCAGUGGACAAGUUGGUUAUUCACAAGCUGCAAUUGUGGUCGAACAGACAAUUGGCUCAAUAAGAACGGUUGCAUCAUUUACUGGGGAGAGGCAAGCUAUAGCUAAUUACAAUAAGUCUCUUAUUAAAGCUUACAAAUCUGGUGUGCAAGAGGGCUUGGCUUCCGGGUUGAGUGCUGGUGUAUUUAUGUUUGUCGUAUACAGCUCUUAUGCUUUGGCUAUAUGGUUUGGGUCAAAAAUGAUAAUAAACAAAGAUUAUACAGGAGGAGAUGUACUCAAUGUAGUUAUGGCUGUGCUGACUGGCUCCUUUUCUUUAGGACAGGCAUCUCCAUGCAUGAGUGCAUUUGCUGCUGGACGAGCUGCAGCUUUUAAAAUGUUUGAGACAAUCAACAGGAAGUCAGAGAUAGAUCCUUAUGACACGAAUGGACUGAAAUUGGAUGAUAUUGGUGGCAAUAUUGAAUUAAAAGAUGUUUAUUUUAGCUAUCCAACAAGACCAGAUGAGCCAAUAUUUAAUGGAUUUUGCCUCUCGAUGCCAAGUGGAACAACUGCAGCUUUGGUUGGACAAAGUGGAAGCGGGAAAUCAACAGUAAUCAGCUUGAUAGAGAGGUUUUACGAUCCACAAGCUGGUGUAGUUCUUAUAGAUGGUAUCAAUCUUAAAGAGUUCCAGCUUUGGUGGAUAAGAGGAAAAAUUGGUCUAGUUAGCCAGGAACCUGUGUUGUUCACUUCAAGCAUUAAAGAUAAUAUUUCAUAUGGGAAGGACGGUGCAACCAUUGAAGAAAUCAAAGCUGCUGCUAAGCUAGCCAAUGUUGCCAAGUUCAUAGAUAAAUUGCCUGAGGGACUAGACACGCAGGUUGGUGAGCACGGAAAUCAGCUGUCUGGGGGCCAAAAGCAGAGAAUUGCUAUAGCUAGAGCAAUUUUGAAAGACCCAAGGAUUCUACUUCUGGAUGAGGCUACAAGUGCUCUUGAUGCAGAGUCUGAGAGGGUUGUGCAAGAGGCGUUGGACAGGGUUAUGAUCAACAGAACUACUGUAAUAGUAGCCCAUCGCUUGAGUACAGUGAAGAAUGCAGAUAUGAUUGCUGUCAUUCAUCAAGGAAAAAUUGUUGAAAAAGGUUCAAACUCUGAACUACUACAAGAUCCUGAAGGAGCAUAUUGCCAGCUUAUACGGUUGCAAGAACAUAGCCAAGAGUCAGAAAAAAAUGCAGUAAAUGAUCCGUACAUGCCAGAGAUCACAGCAGACUUUGGAAGACAUUCAAGUCAGAGGAGGUCCUUCAUACGAUCCAUAAGCCGGGGAUCAUCUGGAAACAGUAGCCAUCACUCAUUAUCAGUAUCUUUACAUCGAACUACUGCAGUCGGUGUCCUUGAUACAGAUGUAGAACCCAAAACUUUAGCCUCAGCACCAUCACAAAAGGCCCCAGAAGUGCCACUGCGACGAUUGGCUUAUCUGAACAAGCCGGAGAUCCCUGUGCUAUUGCUAGGUUCAGUGGGUGCUGUGGCCACGGGUCUAGUUUUACCAAUUUUUGGGGCACUUCUUUCUAAAGUAAUCAAAACCUUCUAUGAGCCAGCUCAUGAACUUCGGAAGGAUUCAAAAUUCUGGGCAUGCAUGUUUCUUGUUCUUGGCGUGGCGUCUUUAUUCUGUGUCCCACUAAGAACAUACUCUUUUGCUGUGGCGGGGUGUAAGUUAAUAAAACGGAUCCGAUUGAUGUGCUUUGAGAAAGUGGUUCACAUGAAUAUAAGUUGGUUUGAUGAAGCAGAGCACUCCAGUGGAGCAAUUGGCGCUAGGCUUUCUUCUGAUGCCACUUUUGUGCGAAGUUUGGUUGGAGACACACUUUCUUUGAUCGUUCAGAAUGUUGCAACAGCUAUUGCUGGUUUGAUUUUUGCUUUUGCAGCGUGCUGGCAACUGGCUAUUAUAAUUCUUGUCAUGAUUCCUCUAUUAGGACUAAAUGGAUACUUUCAAAAGAAGUACAUGGGAGGAUUCAGUGUUGAUGCAAAGAAAACAUAUGAGGACGCAAGUCAAAUUGCUAGUGAUGCAGUUGGGAGUAUUAGAACAGUUGCUUCUUUCUGUGCUGAAGAGAAGGUGAUGCAACUAUACCAAAAGAAAUGUGAAGGCCCUAUGAAAACAGGAGAAAGAGAAGGCCUAAUUAGUGGUACAGGUUUUGGAUUGUCCUAUUUUUUUCUAUACUGUGUCUAUGCGACCAGUUUCUAUGCUGGAGCUCGGCUUGUUGAUCAGGGUAAGACAACAUUCGCUAAUGUUUUCCAGGUCUUCUUUGGCCUCAGCAUGUCAGCUGCUGGUAUUUCUCAAUCAGGCUCCCUUGCACUUGAUCUCAGUAAGGCCAAGAGUGCUGUUGUUUCUAUCUUUGGGAUUCUUGACCAGAAAUCCAAAAUAGACGCGAGUGUCGACUCUGGAACAACACUAGAAAAUGUGAAGGGUGAUAUUAAGUUUGAUCAUGUCAGUUUCAAGUAUCCCACUAGGCCUGACAUUCAAAUUUUCAGGGACCUUUUCUUGGCCAUUCACUCUGGCAAGACUGUUGCCCUGGUUGGAGAAAGUGGGAGUGGGAAAUCAACAGUGAUUUCUUUGUUGCAAAGAUUUUAUGACCCCGAAUCCGGUCAAAUCACCCUAGACGGUGUUGAAAUCCAAAAGCUAAAGCUGAAAUGGUUAAGACAGCAGAUGGGCUUGGUGAGCCAGGAACCAGUCUUGUUCAAUGACACAGUCCGAGCCAACAUAGCAUACGGAAAGGAAGGAGAUGCAACAGAAGCAGAAAUUUUAGCUGCAGCAGAGUUAGCAAAUGCUCAUAAUUUCGUCAGUGCUCUACAAGAGGGCUAUGAUACAGCUGUAGGUGAACGGGGGAUCCAAUUGUCCGGUGGACAGAAGCAAAGGGUGGCCAUUGCACGUGCCAUGGUGAAGGAUCCAAAGAUACUACUAUUGGAUGAAGCCACCAGUGCCCUAGAUACUGAAUCCGAGAAAGUGGUGCAAAAUGCACUGGACCGAGUUAUGGUGGGCAGAACCACAGUGGUGGUGGCUCAUAGGCUAUCGACAAUUAGGGGUGCAGAUUUGAUUGCAGUGGUUAAAAAUGGAGUCAUUAUAGAGAAGGGAAAGCAUGAAAGUUUGAUGAAUAUCAAAGAUGGUAUUUAUGCCUCCCUAGUUGCAUUGCAAAUUAGUGCUUCAUCAUCUUAGAGAGCUACUUGUGCCCUUUUCUUCACCAUAUCCUAUGGACUUGUUUGGUCUUCUACUGCUCCUAGUUUAUUCUCCCUUACAUCAUGUAUACCAUGUUUUUUGCACAGUGUAAUGCAUAAGAUGGUUUUUUUGCAGAGGAACGAAAUACUACAUGAAUAGAAGAAAAAGGCAAUACCAAAAUUUUAGAUGAAUAAAUUUCAAUUGAUUAUUGUUCAA